AUGGUGGACUGUUUGGUUGUGUUCAAUCUUGGCCAAGAACCAACCAAGAUCAUAAGAGAAGCACUGUCUAAAGCUCUCGUUCCCUACUACCCUGUCGCCGGAGAGUUUACCUUCUCUGAUCAAGGCCAAUUGUCGGUUUCUUGCACGCGAAAAGGUGUCUGGUUUAUUGAGGCCUCGGUGAACUUCCCAUUGAAGGAUUUAAACAUGUUCAUCAACCAUCAAGAGUUUCUUCCUCAACCACCUCUUUGUGUUGAUCCUACUGACAUGUUCAUCAUGAUUCAGAAAUUAAAGAACAAAAGCACUACUGAACAAAGAUGCACAACAUAUGAAGUCCUUUGUUGCAAAGGUUUUGAAAACUCCAUGUUGGAAGAUUGUAUUUAUAUAUAUGGAACUUUCUCUGUAGUUGUGAAGUUGAUACAAGAAGCAAAGAGAAGCAUUUCAAGUGAGUUCAAUGCAUGGUUGAGUGGUGAAUGUGAAACUAAAGAUAAGUUAAUGAGUUAUGAGAAGUUAAUUGUUAAUGAUUGGACUAAGAUAGGAUUAAGAGAUGUGGAUUAUAAAUGGGGUGAACCUCAAAUUGUCUUCUCCGUUGGAGAAAUACCGAUAGUUCCAUCUUUUCUGUUUUCAUCUUAG